AUGAAAUUUGUCGCAGUGCUAAUUGUGGGAACGGCAGUGAUCAACCAGGCCUGUGCGGGACCCAUUUGGGAUCGUGCUAAAAAAAUGUUCGGCUGGGAUAAGCCCGAAGACUAUAACCAGAAUGUCGCUUUUGCUCCGCACUAUCACAGUGGUGGUGGAUCUCAUAGAUACACUGCCAAUGGACCAUCACCGAAGGGAUCGCACUACGGCCCUCCUGGUCCGCCACCACCAUCUCCGCCACGUGGCCCAUAUCCUCCUGGUUAUGAUUUGGGUCCUACCCCAUACGGUUCUCGACCUGACUUGCAGCACGCUUCGAGCGCUCCCUAUGGAUCAUAUGCGGCACCUUCAUAUGCUGGGCCAUCGUAUGCUAAACCGCCUCAAAGACCAUCUGCCUACUCGAACGGUUUCGCAGGUCUUCAGGGUCCAAUGACUGCUGCUUCUCCUUACAUUUCCAAUGGUGGGUCCGGGCCGUUCAACUCGUUAGGCGGUGACGGGCUACCAGAUUACGGAGCACAUUUUGCAGGUAAUAAUUACGGUGGACUAUUCUCGGUCGUCGAUCAGACAAGCCAAAUCGGACAGCUAGCCAAUGGUGACCUUGCCGCCUCACCAUCGGAGCCGUACGCUAGCAAUGAAGACGUAAUGAAGUCCCUUCUUAAAAUGGUCGAUAAACCGUUUGACCUUGAGACCGCAGCUUCGGGAAAUCAUUAUUUUAGUCAAAAACCUCAGCUAGCUAUCAAUCCUGGUCCACAUCCGAUAAUGGAGCCUGAUCGCAAUGUGAUUCGUUACCGCACGUCACCAAUUCAGAUCGGCGUGGCCGAUUCCUACUCGCAGCAGCACGCCAGUGGCCGGACUGCAUCUGGCCUCCACUCCACGGCGCCUGGUCACCAAACGACGUUCGACGCUGCUGCGGCCUACAGAGGAACCACUACGUAUGGAGAUUCUGCGUUUUCAACCAGUGCGCGUGGAAGCUCUUAUGGAGGAGACCUUCAUGCCGCGGCUAGUACAGCACAUAAGGGGAGUGCCGUAUCAAAGCCCACGCGCUAA